AUGGAUCGCGCCUCACACCUAUCACUCAUCCUGGACCUGUCUGCUUCACAAUGGCACCUUUCGGGCGAGCCUCCUGGCAACCAGACGCCACUCACGCUCUCAACCUUCCUCUCGCACGUUCUGACAUUCGUCAACUCGCAUGUGGCUUCCAAGCCGGAAAACACCCUCUCUGUGUUUGGCGCGUUUCCGGGAAAGAGCGUAUUACUUCACUCGAGUGAGGCCGCGCUUGGAACGGACACGGACGUUCCGGGAGAUCCCAACUCAUACCGACCGUUCAAGCUUGUGGACUCGGUCAUCGCACGAGGGAUUGAGCGAGAAUUGGAAGGAUACGAUAUGGAUGAUAAUGAGCCACCUGUCGCGCUUGUCGGGGCGCUCACAAAAGCAUUAUGUCACAUCAAUCGAAUAUCUCAGCACGCAGACAAACCUGGAACGAAUCCCGAGGACCCGGAUAGUCUUCCAGAGCCGCGCAUACUCAUCCUGUCUGUUUCACCCGAUCUCUCCGCAUCCUAUAUCCCGGUCAUGAACUCCAUUUUCUCUGCUCAGAAGAUGAAAGUAGUGAUCGAUGUUUGCAAGGUCCUCGGACCCGACACGGUCUUCUUGCAGCAAGUCGCACACUUGACCGGUGGCUCCUAUAUCUAUCUUGAACACCGCAACGCGCUCCUACAGUACCUCAUUAUGUCCUUCCUGCCACCCCCAUCUAUGCGCCAAUAUAUCGCGGUACCCAAACAAGAUAAAGUUGACUUCCGUGCAGCAUGCUUCUGUCACAAGACAAUAGUGGAGAUUGCUUUCAUAUGCUCCGUAUGCCUCUCCAUAUUCUGCAGGCCAACACCUAUAUGUUCCACGUGCAAGACAAAGUUCCCUAUCCCAUCAUUGCAGCGCUUACGGGCAUCAGUUCCGCCUGAGAAGACUCCCGGCACACCGAACGGCUCCGCGACACCUCGAAGAAAUGGUAGCACACCGGGCACACAUCGCCCCUCGAUUGCUGCGAACCUGCGAUAG